AUGUCAACAACAACAGUAACUUCAUCAUCAAUCAUCUCAACUGGAGCCACAGUUGAACUCCCAUCUUCACCCACAAUCACACCCAUUUCAACAGAACCAACAACGGCCACAGAUGUUUCAGUCGAACCACCACCAACUACAACGGGUGCAUUUGAAUCAACAAUCGCGACAGUUUUAAUUGAAUCAACAAUCGCAACGGGUGCAUUUGAGACAACAACCGGAACCAUUACAACGAAACCGGCAACAUCCACACCGGGUUCACUUGAAUCAACAACUGCGACGGGUUCGAUUGAAUCAACUGCAAGUAGAACGAGUUCAAGCCAGACGACAAUGACCACAACCGCUGCAGUAGAAUCGACAACAACCACAACGGUCGCAAUCGAACCAACACUGGCUACGACUCCCAGACCACAAGUCUGUGCGUGGACAAACUGGAUGGUGAAAACGAACUGUACACCGGAUUGUGGGCUAGCAUAUCGUGAAAUAGUUCGAUAUUGUAUUGAUACUACUACUGGUGUAACGUGUACCACAGAUAGUCAGUGUGGUGGUGGUCUUUCUGGAACAAAUGAAAGAUGUUCUAGUUCUCCCCCUUGUGACACGUCAACUGUUGCUCCACCAACUAGUGAACGCGACCCGAACAUACGAAUUACUUCGUAUGCAUUACCUGACACACUGUAUUUUUUCGAGCGCACUUAUCAUCGUAUUUGGAUCACUAAUAAAGGUUACAUUACCUUCGACAUACCUUAUUAUGGUCAAACAAUGACAGGUUCUGUUUUUCAACAACUCGCUAACCAGGCUAUAGCAGCUCCAUUUUGGGCAGACAUGAUUUAUGUUAAUGGUGCUACAAACAUGACAAUCAAUUGGUUUAGUUCAAUAAAUACUAGUUGCAGUGAUGCAGACGAAUACUGUAGUAUAAUUCGAUCAGCAAUCAUUUCAGCUUGUCCAACAUCAUCCUGUCCGUUGAAUUUCGCAGCUGCCAGAGCUGUUCGAAUUAGUUGGCAGAAUCUUCUUCAUGUAGUGCCUUAUUUAAACCGAACGAAAAAUAUAUCAUUCUCAACAUACCUAAUCAAUACAUACGAAUAUGCUUAUGCGAAUUAUAGUUAUCCUAUUCUUCGAUCUUAUCUUGUAUUCGACUAUCGACAGCUUAUGAUCGAUCCUGACGAUCCUAGACCUUUUGUUGGUUAUCGUGGAGAAGCGGGUCCAGUUCAAGUUUUGAAUGACCGCUUUUAUUAUGAAAAUGCUGGUUUUCUAAGUAUUCUAUUCGAAUGUUUAAAAAUGCACAUUAGUUUUUCCUACGCGAUUCUUUUAGCACAACAUAAAACUAAAAGCUUUUAUGUGGGCGGUCGAUUUUUAAGCCAGUGUGAAGUCAGCUUCUUGGAAGAAACUACGAUAAAUAUUUUAAGUCCUUGGGAAAAUCUUAAUGAUAUAAUAAUAAAUCCUCGAUUUCCAUGCCCAUGUACACUUCGCCAAGCAGAAGUCGAUACUCGUUUUGGUCGUUUGUUCAGCGAGACACAGUAUGAAAUAGCUCAAAAUCUGGUCUGUUAUGCUCCAAGAACGUUGACUUCGAUCCAUUUGGGUCAACCAAAUAAAUUGCUUAAGUCACAAACGUGCUGCUAUCACUGGCACAACCAAGCGUUGGUCACUUCUGGUACUCUUGCAGGUUCCGUUUUAUCAAAUCCAUAUAUUCUUUUUCAACCAAAUCCUUCGCAACGACGAAUCCCAUUCUAUGAUCAAUGUUGUUUACCUUUAUAUUCUUCUGGAUUACCCGAUUGGCACGAAUGUCGUCUCUAUUUUCAACUUCAUCCGGCAAGUAAUUGCACGGGGUAUCGACCUCCAGCGAUAGUAACUGGUGUCGGUGAUCCACAUGUUAAUACAAUUGACGAUGGCGAAUAUACAUGUCACAUUCAAGGUCUUUUUAUCUUUGCUCAAACAACCGAUGAAGCCAAAGUUAUUGCAUACAAAAAUUUGGUUAACACAAUAUUUGAUAUAAAUCUGAUCUAUCCUGAUGAUUUAUUCACAAUUUAUGUACGUUCUACAUUCGUACCACCAGCAUUGCGUUAUAUUGAACGAGAAAAAGGUCAUGGCUCAAUUUUUUCUAGUUAUACUAUAGUUACGGAAAUAUUUACUUUUGGCAUUAGCAAUAAUGAUGGCAAAUUCGGCUUCACUGUAAACAAUGAUGCAACGCUUUCAGCUAUUUUAUCAAAUAAUAUGAACUACGAUUAUAUUAAUACAAUGAAUUAUACGCAACCACAUAUGUAUCGAGUACAGCAAACAAUUAGAUCUUCACUCGAUCGAACAAUAUCUCAACUUACCAUUUCACUAUGGUCCGGCCUUUCUAUGCAAUUCGAAAUUAUCGGUGAAAAUCUCGAAUGUGUAUUACUUUUACCAGAAAAAUUUCGAAUGCAUAUUGAAGGUCUAGCUGGAAAUUACAAUGGAUAUGCGAACGAUGAUUUAAUUAAUCGAAAUACAGGUCAAACGAUUCCAAUAAUAAAUAUUCCUAGCAUAAAUUUAUUGGCAUAUGAUCAAAGUAUCCUUAGCGCUUGUCUUUCAUGGAGAGUUUCUAAUGAUACAACACCAAUUAGUACCUUUACUCCAAUUAUGCCAAGAAGUUUAGUAGAAUGGUAUUAUACAAGUGCAUCGAGCUACCUCGAAAGUCUAAAUCCAUUUUUAAGUCAAACUGUUGUUAAUCGGACAUGCCACGGAAAUUAUGAAUGUGAACAUGAUUAUCUUAUCCGUAUAAAUUCUUUCACAAGUGAAGCAACAGCGUCAGGAUUAGAAUCAAUUCAUGACGCAAGGAUUUCAUUACGUGAAAUACCUCCAACGAUCGACUUGAAUAUACCAGUUCAAAUCACUUUACCGGUGGAUGUUGUAAACCGUAACUAUGCAUUAAAAUUUAAUACAGCGGCUGGCAGUGGAACAGCAAUAAGAAAUAUCACAGUCGUUAUUUAUCCAUCGAAUACUCCGCAAAAUAUCAGUGUUGGUGAAUCGUCUAUUACGGUGCCGAUACCGAAUAAUGCCGAUAGUUAUGUCGAAGUUCUACUCACGAUUCAAUAUGGACUGAAUUCUACAUGGGAAAAAUACUUGGAUAUCCAAGCCUGCUUAUGUAAGAAUAAUGGGACAUGUAAUUUUGAAGAAACAACUGCAAUAUCUUCUCAUUAUCAACUGACUUCGUGUGACUGCCCGGCACUUUAUGAUGGCAUCUUUUGUGAAUUGGAAUAUGACGUCUGUAAACAUGGCAGUGCUUGUAGAGAGAACUGGGAAUCCAAUACAACAUGUACUCGUCUCAAUACUACUCAACCGCCCCUACAGUUUAGUUCAUAUUAUUGCAAUGGCGAAUGCCAAGCAGGGUAUGUCAAAAAAGAUAAUACGACAUGUGAAGAUAUUGAUGAAUGUAGUUUUAAUUCGUCUAUAUGUGGAAACGGUACUUGUAGUAACCUAUCUGGAUCAUAUAGUUGUAACUGUCCAACUGGUUAUCGAUUUGCUGACGGAACAUGUAUUGAUAUUGACGAAUGCUCUGAACCGAAUAUUAAUGGUAGUUUUAUUCUUCCUUGUGAGAAUAGUCAAGAUUGUCACAAUUUAAUUGGAAAUCAUUCAUGCAAGUGUAGUCCCAUUUUUAGCAUGGAUGGAAACUGUACUUUUAAUAGCAGUCUCUGUAACUUUACUAUUCAGAACACUUGCAUUGGUGCGAAUGGUACAAUUCUAUGUCUGAAUGGGACAGUCAACAUAAAUGGUAGCUGUAGUGCUUGGUGCAAUCGAACGUGCCCUGACUUUUGCGACCUGGUCAAUAAUUCUUUUCAAUGUAAUUGUCAAAAAUAUCCAGGUUAUGAAUAUGCCGGCGAUGGAAAAUGUUUGCCAUGUCGCGGCGAAAACUAUGGUGUGGGCUGCAGCGAACCGUGCCAAUGUAUAAAUGGAAAAUGUAAUAAAAAUGCAACCAAUGUAAAUGAUAGCUGCAUUUGUGAACCAGGAUAUCAGAAACCCGACUGUGUUAAACUGAUGGAUCAAUGUGAAAACAAUAACCCAUGCAAUUCAUCAACAGCAGAUUGUACCCCAAAUCCCAAUAAUGGUUCUGCUAUAUGUACUUGUAAACGUGGCUACGAAAAAUUCAACCUAACUAGCGUUUGUACAGGUAAGAUUAAUCAUAGAGUGAAUUUCGCUUGCCAUGAUUUAAUUCAUAUUGAUUCAUUUCUACCUACAGAUAUCGAUGAAUGUGGGAGAAAAAUGGAUAAUUGUACUUCGGAAAGCUCAGUUUGUCAUAAUACUAUUGGAAGUUAUGAGUGUAUUUGCAAAAAUGGCUAUCAGCUCACUAAUGGUUCAUGCGUCGAUAUAGAUGAAUGCAAUAUUUCCACAACUUGUAACAACUAUAAUAACACAUAUUGCGCUAACAUCCCGGGCUUGUAUGAAUGUCGAUGUAAGACAGGUUAUGCAGUAGAAGGUGACAGAACCCAAACGAAUCAAAAUAUUCUCAACACAAAUCGACCUUGCCUACGAACGGACUUAUCAGCAGAUUGUCAAAACCAAUGUACGCCACCGGCUUAUUGUGAUGCAACUAGUGGUGAAUGCGCAUGCCAAAUAUCGCAUUUGAUUCUUUCUGAUUUACCCGAUCCUAGUAAAAGAACGUGUUUAUGUAUUGGUUACCCAUUUGUAGAAUAUAAGAACCAAAAAUGUUCUUCAGCAAGCCCGGCAUGGCUGCUACUUCAGUAUAGUCUCACACAGAAGUCUAGAAUCGUUAAAAUUCCUUCUUAUUUCAUAUCAAUAUUCAAAUACAAUAUAUCAUCAAUUUUAAGUGGAAUCAACAAGGCCUGUGCUGAAUCAUGUAUAGAUGUCUACGAAAUUAGCGAUCGACAAGAUUCUGGUAAUCAAUUUUUCGUCGGUUUAAAAACAAUGUUGAGUGCUGUGGAACGUUUACAACUUGUCAACGAAUUGCAUGAGAAGAAAGUCGGUAUAAAUUCUAGCUACAGUUUGUCAAUACAAAUGAUUAUUAAUGAUGAAACUGGAUCGAUAGAAAGUUUUUCUACUGCGCAACCAUUAUGUACAGUAUGUAAACUGUUGAAUAGUGGCGUUUGUGAUAAUACCACAGAAGCAGCAUGUAGAUGUUAUAAUGGUUUUACGGGCAGUUACUGUGAAGAAAAAAUAACACCAAAAUCAUCGUCGUUAUCUCAUUGGCCAAUAAUUGUUGGUGUUAUCAGUGGUGUUGCUGGUCUUCUGUUAAUUAUUUGUAUUUCUCUCUGUAUCUAUUAUAAAACUCGAAAAAAUCGUCUUUCGAAAAACAGACACAUAAAAGCUAAAAAUAGUAGCAGAAAGUUCACUAUUGCCAGAGAACUUCCCAUGACUAUGGGUGUUACUGGUCAAGAUUCAAACGAUGGAACUAAUUUGAUCCGUAUUGAUAAUGGCGAACAGCAUACUGAUACAUCUGAUAUUAAUUUAUUCGAUCCAUCAUCAAAUUACAAUCCUAUCCAUCGUAGAAAUGACGCCUCUGAAAAAUAUUAUCAGCCUAACGAACGGGCAUCGUUACCAAGUAGUCUUAUACCACCAACUCAAGUGCUUACUACGGCUGAUAUAUCAAAUAGUUUUCCGAGUGAUGCAACAAAUAAUCCGCACGGAAGAACAAAUAUGCAUUCGGUUUACAAUGAUCUUGACACGGAUUCCAUUGAAUUCAAUACUGAUCUAUUAAGCUAUAUGAUAAAAGAUGAUGAUAUGGACAAUGAAUUUAUAGAAGCAGUUCACCCUAAUAUAGUAAUGCACGAUGAAAUAUAUAAUCGAUACUAA